CCACUAGCACAACAUAUGAAUGGCUGCAGCAGCUUUGCAGAGAGGCCUGUGUUUCAAAUCUCACCCGGGAAUGGCUGGCGGAAUGGAGAAUCGCUCUAGGAAAAGGCAAGUUCUGUCUUUCUUUCUGUGUCUGUGUGUGUCCCUGGGGGCGUGUGAGACGAUCCGCUAUUCUGUACCCGAAGAGAAGAAAAGCGGGUCCCUAGCUGCUAAUAUUGCAAAGGAUUUGAAACUGGAUGUAGGGGAAUUGUCUGGUCGCAGUGCCCGACUGAUUUCUAAAAGCAGCGAGCAAUAUUUUGAGCUGAACACUGGCUCCGGGGAUGUGAUAAUAAAGGAGAAAAUAGACCGUGAGGAUCUGUGCGGACAGAGGGACCCGUGUUUGCUGCAAUUCGAAAUUGUGUUGGAAAAUCCACUGCAGCUGUACAGAAUGGAGGCACAGAUAGAUGAUGUGAAUGACAAUUCCCCUAAAUUCUCUAAAAAUGAAUUCGUAUUUAAAAUACCUGAACUGUUCCCCGUAAAUAGCCCUGAACCACAAGGUGGCGAUAUUAGCAAAGACGGUACUGAAAAUGUAGCUUAUUGGACUCCGUCGACACACAGUGAAGCUGCACUCAGACAUCGGAAUCCAGACGGCAACGGAUCUGCGCCGGAAACGGGUGACAAAGGAUUACAGGGAAAGGGCGGCUGA